AUGGCUAAGUUCCGCGAACAAUAUGAGAACUAUAGAAGCAAGGUGCGAGCUUCACUCACACGCGCCGGUCUGAUCGACGACCCUACGAAACGAAAGAGACUGCAGGAUGCCAUCGACUUUAAAGGUAUCUGCGAGGACAUGUGUCCAGAGUACGAGAAGAUCACAAGAAUCACAGAGCACGAUGUUCCCACACCGGAAAAGGACCCGCAGACAACAUUUGCAAGCACAUCGCGGAUGGUCAAGAAGCUAGCACGAUCCGCCGCCGGCCAAGAAGCGCCCUUACCGAUGGACGUGUUAUCUGUGCCGACUUUGCGAAAGUCGUUCAACUAUCUUGUGGACGACCUGCUGCGAAACGACGAUAAUCUGCCUACGCUGCAUGGCUACCUCUGGGAUCGAACGCGAGCGAUUCGACGAGACUUUAGCUUUUUCUCAGCACUCAGCGUUGAAGACAUGAAAAUCCAAGCAUCGGUACUGGAGGAAAUCGCCCGAUUCCAUGUCACAGCUCUGCACUUGCUGUCUGAGGGUGGGAAAGCGCCUGAAGACUUCGUGGAGCAGCAGGAACUGGAACAGCUGGGUAAAGCUCUCCUCACCUUACGUGACAUCUACGAUGAUUGCAAGGCACAGGGCUCACCGUGCGAAAACGAACCGGAAUUCCGCGCAUACCAUCUGCUGUUCCGAGCCAACGAUCCUAACAUUCUCGAAAAUCUACAACCAAGCCUGUGGGAAUUCGACAUCAUCAGAACUGCGGCUUCGCUGGUAGAAGCGCUGCAGGAUACGUCAACUUUCCACGGUCCGCUGAAGGCCGGUCCAUCCCUCGCUACGGGUGGCUCGCACAACGCCUACUUCAGGAUUGUCAAGGAUGAAUCGGUCUCUUACACCAUGGCCUGCUUUGCAGAAUGUCAUUUUCCCCAGCUCCGCCGCUCUAUUCUCCGGUGUCUGAAGAAAGCGCUCUCACGGCCAAGAGAGCCGUCACGCGAUGUCACAGCAGCCGCCUUAAACAAACACCUGCAGUUCGAUACUGUAGAGGAGGCAAUUGCAUUUGCGGAACGCCACGACAUCAAAUUUCAACCUAACCAGCAGAAUCCAGCGGAUCGGAGACUCAGCUGUGCCGUGUUUCAUAAUUCGUCGGACCUACCCAGCCACCGACUCCAACAUCAAUUUUCAAGGACUCUCGUUGAGAAUAAGCGCGGCUCCCGGUCUCUGCCCGAAAUCAUACACGAAACCGUCUUUAAUGACGCUACAAACUUCGGGCAGAAUGACGCUUCUCUCGCCAAAGAGGGAAGUCUCUUCGUGCAGGAUGGAUCUGCCAAUGCGCGGUUUGGCAUGGCCCCUCCACCGCCAAAAAAUCCCUUUGGUGGUUUUGUUCAACCAACGACCAAUGGAAGCACCACAAGCAACCCCUUGAAAAAAGCUCCCGCAGCAGCUGAUCAAGCUAAGUCGAGUUUCUUUACGCCGGAUGCAAAGCCACCGCAAACUGCACCGCCACCAGCACCCGCAUUUGAGUUGAAGUCUACCGGGACAGCCAUUCCUACGUUCAGCUUUGGGGGUACUCAGAAAAGUAAUCCAUUCGCCACGACUCCAGCUUCGAAGACGAACGCGGUGCCUAGUGAGCCAGCAAAAGAUGCUGGCUCUGCUGCCAAAUCGGAUGCUGAUGCAGACUUUGAUGCAAAGCAUGAGGCAUACUUCGGACAAAAUAGAACGGGCACACUUGAGGCUGCCCCAGCAACGGCAGUCAAGGACUUCAAUAAGCCCUCCGUCGGUUUCACUGGCAGUAGCCCAAGUGCUUCAAAAACGUCAGCUGCAAUCUCUUCUGCCACGCCUUCUAAGGCCUCGCCUGCUGCAUCUGGGUACGCCGGCUUUAACAUGGGGACCUCGAAACCUCCAGCUGAGCCAUCGCCUACACCGCCACAUACUACCUUGCCUGCUUUUGUUGGCUUCUCACCGCAACCUCAAUCGAAAGCACCGGCCGAAGCAGCGAAGAGUUCAACCCCGCCAGGCUCGCCGGCACGAGCAACACCUCCCACACAACCUGCAUUCACGCAAACGCCGAAAACGUCAGAGGCAUCAGUGCCAAGCAAGUCAAACUCAAUACUCAGUUCAUUUACGCCUCCAUCGAAUCCGCCGGCAUUUCUAGGUAGUGCGAUUUCGCCUGCUGUAGACCCGCCCGUUGCAGCUCCUUCAGUGCAACCGCCAACUUCUCCACAACCCAAGCGUGAUCGAUUGUUAGACUUCACGAGAUGGUUUGUGGAAGGCGACGAUGGAUUAAUGACUGAGUUUCAACAGCACUUCUUGGAUGGACUGCUCACACCCGUCUUUGUGGAGUGGCAGCAGAAGGCGGAGGAAAAGCGCCAACGCGAGGAGGAAGCGCGGGAUAAUGCCGCCGCAGACAACUUCAGGCGAGAGCACUUGUGCGUGCGAUACUUUUACCGGUGGAAGGCUCAGGCAAAGAACAAGCGAUUGAGGUUUCUGCGUCGCAGUGGGCGCGACCAGUUCAGAAACUUCUCUCGGGCUCAGCAGAUGGCGUCACGCAUUCCGCAAGCCACACCAAAAUCUCAGCCCAAGGUCCCGCCUAUCCCGCAGCCAAUCCGUGAGCAAGCCCUUAUGGAGGGCCUCCGCCGAAGUCAAGCCAAGAAACGCUACAUCCCACCCGCGACACCGUCCUCGACUGUGGACGUUAGUAAGACCAGGGACUCUGCCGCAGCCAUCGGGCGCCACUUUAACUUGCCGAUGCCCCAGAGUGGGACGUCUUCUCCAGCACGGUCAAGGUCAAGCUCCGUGUCGAAAGGAGGCUCAAAGACCAGGGCGCUACGUGAAGCACUGCUUGGCACGGAACCGGGACGUUUCCGGCGCUCUCUGCCCUCGAUUGCCUCUAGUGAAGAUUCAAGAGCAGAGAGCGUGCGGAGCAGCAAAGUCUCGGAACGUUGGCGGCUCAAAGCUAUGGGCAUCGUCCAGCUCCCUGACGGCACUGCCGUGCCUGAAAGCCUCAUGAAUGACCGGCGAUUCCACGCGUACAACCGGCCAUCGUACAGGGCCUCUUCGAUCGCCAGUACAGCGUCCCGACGGCCGUCGAUCAGCAGCAUUCCGCCGCCGCCCCCGUUCGAGAGCAGGCUGAACGGCACGACUCCCCCGGCCGUGUACGAAGACAACAAUAGCCACAAGCGGAAGCGGGCGAGCGUGGACAGCAUGGAACUGGUGGAGCAAGAAGACGACAUACCGCCCAACGGUCACAAGCGCGUCAUGAGCGACGCCAAGGACCUAGUCAAGGAGCUGCGGAUGCUGCGGGAGGAAAUGGAAGAAGGGACGCUGUGGUUCAGGUCACAGAAUGAGCGUCUACAUUCCGAGAUCUCAAGCCGAGGAGGCACUCCCAUGGAUGACAGCUUCUAG